GAUUGAUGCUAAUCAUUUUUAUUAUGUGGAGCUGGAACAGCUAGUCUUAUUUAAAUCAUUUAGGUUUUUGAUUUGGCACUACACUGCUGUUGCAAUGCCUUCAGUUGCUGGGUUAGAUGCCCACCAACCAGGUGUGGACAACCCUGAAUACUUCCAAAUGUUACCAAACACUCCUGUUGCAUCAUCAGGAGCAAACUGCAUCUCCUCCGACUUGAGAAUCUCAUCUAAUACUUCAGAAUCUCAUAGUACUUCUCUUACAUCUCCUAAUGGAAAUAGUAUCUCAACUGACUCUCAUUCAUCACAAGUUUUAUCAAAUAACUUUAAUGAAAAUGGCAACAAUUUAUCUCCAUCCCUCAAAACUUUUACUAGUGGAGAUAGCAAAGAAGUUAUUCCUCAUCUUCCACCCAGAUCUAUCCAUAGUCCUGUUUCCUCAAAUUCCAAUGCAUAUAAUUCUCACAUUGUUUCACCAAUUGAAAAUCUAUCUCCUCCAAAGAUCCCUCCUCGGCCUGCUGCUCUUUCUUCAUCUUCAUACCUCGGUGAAUACAUCUAUGCUGAAACAUCCAAUAUAUCUUCCAGCUUGCAGCGUUCUACAAGCUCUGCCAGCAAUGGCAGCAAUGGCCCUACUUCAUCACGAGAUCCUCAGACAUCAUCACCAUCAUCAUCUUCACUUCAUUCCCCUCUCAUCAAUUUACCACAAUCUCCUUCAGGCUUCACUGGUUCCACCCCGUCGUCCAUCACUGCUGUUCACAACGCAUUGUAUCACUCACUGGAUUCAUCAAACUCCUCCACACCCCCAACUUUACCCCUCAAGGGACUCACUCUCAUUCCUCCAGCUGUGGGUCCCAAAUCCCCCCUUCAAUCCCCUUCUUCUCCCAAUGAUAAUAGCCAUCAGAACGCCUUUAAAAACUCUCAGCCAUAUUUCACAUCCAAAACGACAUCAAGGUCUCUGUCAACGACUGAGUCUCGAAUCUCUGAAUCAGUGAAGCCUUCUUACCACCAGUCACUUUCCAGUCCUGUUCAGUCCCUCAGUCAAAGUCGUUUGCAAUCUCAAGCUAACAGUCACUACCAGUCAGGCUCUAGUAGCUCUUUGUUAAGUCAUUCCCAGAUGAAUACUAGUCAGACCACCACUAUAAGUUGCCAUUCUUCACAGCUGUCUCCGUUGUUCUCGUCUGAAGCUCCUAGAUCUCCUAUGCUUUUUGAAGAUAAAUACGAUCUUUCUUACUGUGAGAGCCAGACACUUCCUCGCAGGAGUAAGAUUUUGUAUCCAGUUAAUGGUGGACUUUCAAGUACUAUGGAUUCUGGUGACAGUGGCAAGAUUAGUUCUGGAAAUGAUUCUGAGAACUUAAAUGGCAGUCUUUUGAACAAUCUGUCUAGCAUGAGCGCGAGCUUUCACGAGUCCAGCUUGCAAACAUUUGAAGGCAGCAGAACAAAUCCCCAUGGUCGUUGUUCCUUAGAAGACUUGCGCUCAUCUCAACUCAAGAAACAAGAGGCAGUGUCAGCGCGGCUGGCAGAGGAAGCAUCACACGAAGCAGAGCGUCAGCGUCUAGAGGAGAUCUUGCAGAUGUGUGCAGAGUAUCAGCGUCAGUACUCUAACUCCCCACCGCCUCCCUGCGAUCCUCCCCAUGCUAAACUGCGCCAGUCUUCCUCACCUCACGGCGACCGUCCCCAAGCGUCCACUCUUAUCCCCUCACCCACCUCGACGCUAACGCAAAACCGUAACGGUUCUCUGCCCCGUGACAAGCGCAGCCCUCCUCGCCAGCAGCACCAGCAACAGUCCCCUGAGCUAGCCUGGGGGGCGUCUGGUGAGGGUGACGGAGACAGCAAGUUUAGACGUGAACGCAGUCAAGAACAGCUACUGUGUUCAUCCAUUGAGUGCGAUCCAUCACACUCACCCAUACUGCCUCGGUCUUCCGCUUAUCCUCCAUUCCCUCCUUUUCCUGACAUUCCUUUUCCACAUUUAUCUGGUUGUCCUUUAGCGGCUUCUGAUUCCCAGUCUACUUCUGUUUCAGUUUAUGAUUCUGUUUCAACAUCUGCGGUUCCAUCAACUGCUCCUAAAUCAACUUCUGUUGCAUCAUCUGCUUCUUUUUCACUUGUCUACAACCAAACAUCUUCUUCCAAAUUGGACGACAUAAAAGCCGGUCCUCAAAGUCCUUACGAAAACUUCCACAAGCGGCGAGAUUACGCCAGCCAAUCAGAAGUUUGUUAUUCUCCUAGGAUAGGCCCAGUCCCUGUAGGCCCUAUAAGCCCGUACGAAAAUUUAUUGGGACAAGCGCUCUCUCCUGCCACCAGUCCCGUCCAAAGUCCCGAUUCUAGUCUAGUUUUGAGCCCAAAUUGUGAAGACAAUUCGAGCGUUUCCUUAAGCCCUGCUAUACUUGCUCUCAACAAGCACCUGGCUGAACUUCAACUCUCUUCUUCAUCGCUUCCUUCUUAUUUUUGUCACGAGCAUUUGCUGACGUCUAAGAACAAAACACAAGCUCAUACCUCCCAGUUUUGUGACGCAAGUCUAUUGGCAAAGGACGCAUCGGAGCCUGCUUCUGCUAACACUAACACAAGGGGUGACAGGGCUGUGAGUUCUCCUGAAGCGCCACCAAAGCCUCCUCGGUCUCCCCGCAUCGAGCGUUCGGUUCUAGGUCGUCGUCACCCUCCUCCUCCGCCCGCCUCUCCACACCUACAAAGUUUGCCCGCCAGAACACCGCCGCCAGUGCCUCCAAAUAAACCCAGCCGCAAAGACACGCCUACUGUAACAGCCUUCAAUUUCUCUCCGAACUGCAGCAAUACAACUUCAGUUAUUUCCCCUGCAACACCGUCCACAUAUUGUCAAUAUCCUUCCUCUCCCGUUACUCCUAGUUUCGUUCCUGUGUCGUUGAAUUCUAGUGGUGAAAACACCGUAAGCUCGGGUGUUUUUGGAGUGCAUUCUUCUGGAACGGAGAGUUCCUAUUUUACAAAGUCACUUUCUACCUCGUUAUCGAAGACUGAUGAUGUACCGAGUUCUCAAGCAUAUAUAAAUUAUUGCUCUGAAAGUAAUGCUCUAGCUGCGCAAAUGUCUGGUCAUAUGGAACACAUCAGUAGUAAAGGCGCUGAUGACAUGACCACUUCUGAUCAGCCUUCCGCCAGUGACGAGUCUUCGUCUAGCCAUCUUUAUAUGAAUACAAAAUUAUCCGAACAAAGUCGAUAUCAGAAUGAUUUAACUGAUCAACAACAAAUAUCUGGAAGCCACUCGAGUCCUAACGGUUCAUUAAAGUGUCAAUCUUUCGCAGCAAAAGAACAGGAAUCGCGUGAUUGUUCCGGCUUGUCUGCUCGAGGGAUGGGAUUGAGCGAACCUCAGGACGAUUUGGGUUCUUCAGUUCCACCUUCCCCGUCUGUAGGAACGAGCGUCUCAUUAUCUACCAACACAUUCAGCACAAGUGCUUCCUGUACAUCCCCGGGAGAUGGCGCAAAUACAAAAAUUUUCUCAACUUUUCCGCCGUCUGCCAACACCAACAUAAGUUUUGAUUUGGGUCAGAGUUUAGACGCGGAUAGCCCCAGUGGCCUGACAAGCUCCGCUGGAGCGCCCUUUUUUACUACCACCUCUGGGGUGACCUCCUUAACUAGCACCUCUGGAAUGACCUCCCUGGAGAGUGUGAGCGAGUGCGAGGAACUCCUUCGUGCAGAGCGCAACGAGGCCCUGCAGUACACGACGGACCUCAAGCGUUCCGUCGCCGACCUCGCGCGUCAGGAGGAAGAGGCUUACCGCGAGUUGGAGGUGGAGCGAGCUCUGCUGGAGGCGGAAUGUGGAGACGUGGAGCGAGAAGUGGAGCGCUUGGAGUCGAUUUUAUUGCAACUGAAUGAGCGCAGUCGCACCAUGGAGCUCAGGCAUUCAGGAGAUCGUGAUCAAGACCACCAGGAUCUCAGAGCAUGCGAGACUCGCGUGGAGCGGGCAGAGCGAGACCUGGAGACGGCGGAGCGGCAGCUCGAGGCGGUCGAGACGGAUGACCAGCGAGACACGGACGUCGAGACAGACUUGCUCGAGGCUGUCAAACUCAAUCACGAGACCCUCGAUGCUUAUAAGAAGGUGUACGAGGACAUGGAGUUCAGUCAGAUGGAGCGAGAGGCGCAGAGGGAAGCUGAGAGAGAAGACCUCAACCGCCUCAUGAGCAAGGAGAGAUCUCGUCUCACGCAGCAAGAAGAUCGUCUAGCGCAGCUUCGCAAGCAGGUGGAAGCUCUAAACGCGGCAGUGCAACGCGAAACUUCAAAAAUCGACGCUCAUCGCUCAGAACUGAACGCGCGCUUGCAAACUGUGAGUUACUCUCUGCUUCUUAGCAGUGACAACGACGCCUUCUGGAGCGGCAGGCAGGCGAGCGGCUCCAGCGACUCUGAGGAGGAGGACCACGACGCAGGCGACCACACACGAGGCUCUCGCCUGCACCUCCUGUGUGACGCCAUGUCUGCCAUGACACACUCUGUCACCUCACUCGCAGACCACAAGAACAAAGACAUGGUAGUGUCGAGCGGGUGCGAGUUACGUGAAAGACGAGCGAGCACUGGCGAGGAACUCUCGCCAGACUCGAGGACUCGACGGGAGCUGCGCGACGAGAAGACGCGCACACUCGACGACAAGUCGCUCGUCGUCACCAGCAAGCAGGCGUCUGGUGACGAGCGUGACGAGGAGGACUCGUGGCGUGACGGUGACACGCUUGCUGACUCCUGGUCUCAGCCUAACAGGGCACGGGAGUCGCUGGAUUGUGCGAGUAACUCCUUCAUGGACUGCGAAGCAGGCGCUCGGGAGGCGGAAGUUCAACAGAAACAAGAGAAACUCUCGGGCAAAUUCAGCCUAGAAAACAUCAUCGAGGACUCGCGGCAACGCAACCGAGCCAACAUCGCAGCGGCAGUGGGCGGGUCGAUGAGCCGCGGCCUGAGUCCCAGGUCUCCUGAGGCCUUGUGUGGGAGACCGGGACCCACGGGCGCCUCCUCCAGGCAGGGACUCGGUGUGCUGCAGUCUGAUUCCUCCAGGGUUACAAGUGAUGAGGUCGACUCAAAUGCUUAUCAGGGACAGCCAUCACAGCUGAGCUUCUCGGACGUCGUCAUGCGUGACCACGAGCGUGGCGGUGAAGACCUGCGGCCUCUGAGCGAGAGCUCCUCUUUCUGUGGUGCCGCUGGGGACCACACGCCUCCCUCCUUCUGUGGUGCCUCGGGGGACCACACUCCCACUUCCUUCGGUGCCACGGGGGACCACACGCCUACUUCCUUCGGUGCCACGGGAGAGAACGCGCCUCCGUCGGUCCGCUUCAGACCUCGUAGCGGCACGCGGUCUAAACAGCAGCGUCCUCUGACGCGUUACUUGCCGGUCAAGUCCACGGAGCCCUCGAGUCUCCAGUUCAACUUACGACAGCACAUCGAGAGCGCGGGCCACCAGAUCGAGCUGUGCUCCAACAUUGUGCUCACGUCCACAUCUUGUCGCGGGUAUCUACACAAACUUUCCGGGUCUGCCAAGAACAAAUCGCCGCAGGGCGGGGCCCUUGUUUCACCACACCAAACUUCCAAGAAUUCUGGACGUUUAUUCGGCAUGAAAGCUUAUAACAAGAGAUGGUUCGUGUUUGAUCGCGAUGAAAAGGCGCUCAUUUACUAUGCCGACAAGUCUGAAAGCAAAGCUAAAGGAUUCAUUUAUUUUGCGGACAUAGAGGAAGUGUACGUGGACCAUCUGAACGCCUACACCGUCAACGGGUCCAAGAAGUCUGGCAAGAACUGCCCCGCUGUCGCCUUCUGUGUCAAGGCGAGAUCCAGGACCUUGUCUCUACUUGCCCCGUCGCCCGCCGCCAUGAGAAUAUGGGUCGAAGUUAUAUUUACGGGCGCCGAGGGCUACCAUACUUAUGAUGAAUAUUAGCAACUUGUAAUUGUUCUAACAAAUUCUUACCACGGGCGCUGAGGGCUACCACACUUAUGAUGAAUAUUAGCAACUUGUCAUUGCUCUCCUAACAAAUUCUUACCACGUGCCUGUCGAACAUUUGAGAUCUGGUACUGAAUUUUGUUGAGAUGAUCGGUAUCAAAACAUCAGAGCAAACGCUUAUUCGAGCAUAUUUUGUUUGGCACCGAGUUUGUUUCUGUUGAAAACUCGCGCAUCUUGACGUAAGCACGUCGUGCAUCCCUCACUGUGCAGCAAAUUAAUUGUUCGCUCGCGUAGCAGAACUAUUCUGUGAUUAUAAAUUUGUCACGUGAAGUCUUUAUUUAUUCUUCACUAUGUUUGCUUCAGUACUUUUGCUGACCUGGUGAUGUGCAUUGUUUUCUUCUAUUCUUGCGUGGUGAAUGUUGAUCCAAGUUAGUAUCGAAAUGACACCUAUACCUGUGCGAUUUUAAAAUCUUUAAAUAAAAUAUUUCGUUUGAUACCAAAUUAAUGGCGAAUUGUUUCUCAUUUAUUAGAUGCUCUUUAUUUAGUGGCAGUUCUUGUACUUCAUGAACGUACUUGUUCCCCGACGCCGCUCUCCAUUGUUGUCGCGAAAUUUAGAAAGAAAAGAUCAAAUCUUAGAAUAUGAUGCACGAAAAUAUAUAUUUGGCUUGUUGUUCGUAACUUUACGCAAAAACUGUUUUAUUGCCAAAUUGCGCACUCAAUUUAAAAAUUGUUGCUUCAAUUCAAUGCUUCAGUUCUGAUGGGGUCUCUGUAUAAUGCAAGUCUCGGAUUUUUUUUUAUUCGCAGCUCC